GUUGGUUAUAUUAUGAUUUAACGCAAAAUAACAUCACAUCACAAAUGGCAUCAUAUCAUCUCAUCAUGUUGCUAGUAUGACCAAAGAUUGGAAAACUAUUUUCGUAACCGGAGGAGCUGGUUAUAUCGGUAGCCACUGUAUCGUCGAACUUUUGGAAAGUGGAUAUGAUGUUGUUGCAAUAGAUAAUUUCGCUAAUAGCGUAACUGAAAGUAGCGGUGAAUCCGCAGCUCUUAAAAGAGUAGAACAAAUUACAGGGAAGAAAGUUACUUUUUAUAACUGUGAUCUCAUUAAUCGAGAUAAACUCGAGACAGUCUUCAACAAGCACAAAAUAGAUUGCGUAAUUCAUUUUGCGGCAAUAAAGGCGGUUGGUGAAUCAAUGCAAGUUCCACUUCAUUAUUAUCGGAAUAAUAUUAUUGGUGCCAUCAAUUUGCUAGAGGUAAUGAAAGCUGCUGGAUGUUUCCAAUUAGUGUUUAGUAGUUCUUGUACUGUGUAUGGUGAGCCUAAUGAACUUCCGAUUACGGAAGAACAUUCGACCGGAAAUAUUACAAAUGUAUAUGGUAGAACAAAAUACUUUAUUGAAGAGAUGCUUAAGGAUAUAUCCAGAGCUGAAAAGAAUUGGAAUAUCAUUUCUCUAAGAUAUUUCAACCCAGUAGGUGCUCAUCAAAGUGGCUUGAUUGGAGAAGAUCCUACAAAGCCAUUUACAAAUUUAAUGCCUUAUAUAGCUCAAGUAGCUUUAAGAUAUAAGCCAGAACUCAUCAUUUUUGGGGGAGAUUACCCAACAAAAGAUGGUACAGGUAUUCGUGAUUACAUCCACAUCAUGGAUUUAGCUGCUGGUCAUGUAGCAGCUUUAAAUGCUUUAUACAAACAACAUUUAAGGCUAAAAAUUUAUAAUUUAGGUACUGGCAAAGGUGUGUCUGUACUUGAAUUAAUUAAGACUUUUGAGAAUGUCACAGGAACAACAGUACCAUAUGUUAUAAAAGAUAGAAGAGAAGGUGAUAUAAUGUCUACAUAUGCUAAUACAGAUUUAGCAGAAAAAGAAUUAGGAUGGAGGACUAAAUAUAAUGUUGAACAAAUGUGUGAGGAUUUUUGGAGGUGGCAAACAAUGAAUCCACAUGGUUACCGUAAUUCAAUAAAAAAUGGUAUUAGCGAGCAUGUAAAUGGAACUUUACAAUAAUGCUAUUUCAUUAUUAUUGAAGUAUGACUAAUUUAUAACAAUAAAA